GUCAGGGUCAACAAUUUAAUUAACAGGUCCUCCGCUCUUGCGGAGCUUUAGCUCCUUUCCGGAACCUUUAGCUCCUUCACUGUGGCGCCGAGCUGAACCAGCCACAGCUUCCAAUCUGUCACAAUUGUAAAAGUGGGGGAUCGCCGGACAGCGGGGUUGUCACAGAGGGGCAGGUAUCUAGACAACGCAAGAAUAAUUUUCCCACCACAUAAUUCCAUGUCAUGCCAGGGGCAGCCAAAGUUGCCGACGGAACGACAUAUAAACCAUAGCUAUCCAGCCUCCUUACCCUUCCAAACCGGUUGGACAGACAUUGUCCACAUCAUGGCGGAUACAUCAGCGCGAGAGACUCAUACUCCUUCGCAAACCUACCUCUCCACGAGAGGUGGUGACUACGGCCUUUCAUUUGAGACUGUUGUGCUGAAGGGACUCGCGGCAGAUGGUGGUCUUUUCUUACCCGAGGAAGUCCCAAUUGCAACAGAUUGGCAAAGUUGGAAAGACCUGUCGUACGCCGAACUAGCCUUCCAGAUCCUCAGCCUGUACAUAUCGACCGACGAGAUCCCCGCAGAUGAUCUGAAAGAUAUCCUCGACCGAAGCUACUCGACCUUCCGUGCGAAGGAGGUUACACCCUUGGUCCACCUGCAGGACAACCUGUAUCUUCUGGAACUAUUCCAUGGGCCGAGUUAUUCCUUCAAAGAUUGCGCCCUGCAAUUCUUGGGCAACCUCUUCGAGUAUUUCCUUGUUCGGAGGAACCAGGGGAAAGAAGGCAAAGACAGGCACCAUCUGACUGUUGUCGGCGCGACGAGCGGUGAUACUGGAUCCGCAGCGAUAUAUGGUCUCAGGGGCAAGAAGGAUGUAUCGGUAUUUAUCUUGCAUCCGAAAGGUCGUGUCAGCCCGUUCCAAGAAAGGCAGAUGACCACCGUUUUGGAUGGGAAUGUCCACAAUAUGGCCGUCACGGGCACGUUUGACGACUGCCAGGACAUAGUCAAGGCAUUGUUCGCUGACCCCGACACCAAUCAAGCGCUGAAGCUCGGGGCAGUCAACUCGAUCAAUUGGGCGCGGAUUUUAGCCCAGAUCGUUUACUAUUUCCAUGCCUAUUUCGCCCUGGCCAGAACGUCUCCCUCAUUCAAGAUCGGCGACAAGGUUAGAGCUGUGGUUCCUACUGGCAACUUUGGCGACGUCUUGGCCGGGUACUUUGCCCGUCGUAUGGGCCUUCCCAUAGAGAAGCUCGUCGUUGCGACCAACGAGAACGACAUCCUAGAUCGGUUCUGGAAGACAGGCCGAUAUGAGACGAAGCCUGCUCGGGGGCCCGAGGUGGAGGGAGGGUUGAGAGUCAACGGCGCGAAUGUCCAUGAGGGUGGCGUGCGCGAGACGCUGAGCCCUGCCAUGGACAUUCUGGUGUCGAGCAACUUCGAGCGUCUGCUCUGGUAUCUUGCCUACGAGUUCGCCUCGAGCGCCGGGAUGAACGACGAAUGGAACAAGAGACAAGCUUCACAGGAGGUCGCGCUGUGGCUGUCCGACCUCAAGAAGAAGGGAGGCUUCGGUCCCGUCUACCAGGACGUGCUGGAGAGUGCACGUCGCACGUUCGAGAGCGAGCGCGUGACAGACACCCAGACGAUUCAGGCUAUCAAGGAUCUCUACCAUGACGUAAACUACGUUCUGGAUCCCCAUACGGCAGUGGGCGUAACCGCCGCAAAGAGGUCCAUCGGAAAAACGGGGCCGCAGAUGCCUCACAUCUCGCUCUCGACGGCCCACCCCGCGAAGUUUGUAGCGGCUGUUGAACUGGCUUUGCAGGACGAGACGAAUUUCAGUUUCGACAAGGUGCUCCCUGCCGAGUUCGCCGGUCUUUCCGAGAAGGAAACACGUGUGACAACGGUGGAGAACUCUUGGGAGAAAGUGAGAGAAAUUGUCAAGAAGCAGGCUGAAGAGGACAUGAAACGGUAGUUGCGCGGUAUUUUUGAAUAAGAUAAAUCAGUCGUUUCCGCAGCGUCCUGAUGCAGUCAUUUUCCUAAGCUCUUCUACCCUUCUGCGCAGGCCAGAGGCCCGAGGCCUUGUAUUUAGUUAGCAUUAGAUCCCUCAAGUGAUGAGAUCCUGCAGGGCAUCAUGAUUUCCCCUCCCGAUGACACGGGAGUCCCAGUACUAAAUUGAGGGUGAUAACAACAUCCGGACUUGCUCGCAAGCAUCAGAGCCCAGAACAGCCCAUGACAUAACAAGUCUUCAAUGUUCCACAGACAGCAAGUGCAGCUCAUCGCAAGCGGAGAAGCAUCAGGGACAAAUGAACAUAAAGAGUUGGCAGCUCACCCCCUUGAGAAAGACAUCACCUUCCGACGUGUCGUACCCGGAAUGACGACGAGCCUGAUACAGAGACGAGAGGCACGAUAGACGGAAAUGGGAACCGGGUAUCGGCCUACAUGGGUUG